AUGAGAAGGGCAGUUGAGCGUUCCAGCGCGCCGUUCCAGGCGCGGAAGGCGCCUCCGCCAUUGCUGUCUCCUACCAGCCCGGCGGAUUCCAGCGUCAUCACUGCCGGCGGGACAGGCGGCACGGAUGUCCUCCGCGAACGUGUUCCUGAACAAGCAACUCGUCCUGAAACAUUGCUGCAAUCGGUGGCACGAGAUCACGGGCCGGCACGGGGGUCAGACAGUGGGCUUUGGAUGUGCGAGCCUGGCAGCGCCGUCUCCGCAGGCGCAGUCAGAUUAACGACAAUUUGUGCUACACAGGGACGGGAAGACUGGGGUUGGCCGAAUUUUAUCCCCCGCAGUAGCGCACUCUAUCGCGAGACACCAGAGGCACAGUAUAGAGGCCGGACGAAAGGUGCUUACCGCCUCGACAGGAUUCCCCGCUCCGUCAGCAGGCAAUAUUCUCCUAACAAAAAUGGCCCCAGAGACGUCGCACCACGUCGAUCAAGCGCGAUACCAGGCGUACCGCGAGCAUGCAGCGGGAUGAUCUGGGAGCCUGUGCCGCUUGGAGACGCGCCCAACCUCUGGAAAGCGGGACGGCAUUUGCUCUCGAGCUCAAAUGGUUGCAAUUCUAGCGCUUGUGUUGCUAGGAUUGGCCAGGUCAUAACAAUUCGACCUGUCAUUCCAGCGUGA